CAUUACUACACUUUCUACCCUGAACGACAUUGUAAUAUAUUUAAACUAUUGCCAUUGUGACAAGAAGAAACGCGAGGAAGCAUGGCCGACUUUGACAUUGAACGGAUGCUGGAAGUGGAAGCAUCAGCUGUGCAAAAAGAUGCAGAAGUAGAGCGUAUUAUGGCAUGCUUCAAGCUAGACCCAUAUGACAUCCUCGAACUGGACAUGAAUUGUGUUGAAAAAGACAUCAAGAUGGCAUACCGCAGGAAAUCACUGAUGAUUCAUCCUGACAAGGUCAAACAUCCGAAAGCACAGGAUGCUUUUGAUCUACUCAAGAAGGCAGAAAUGGAUCUCAUGGAUCCAGGCAAACGUUCAUUUUUAAACAGUAUUAUUGAGGAAGCCAAAUACGAAGUCAAGAAAGCACAACCAUUGAACAUUGCACCGACAGAUCCUUUUUUUACAUCGCCCGUUUACAAGUCCCUGGUCAAACAAAAGACGAAGGAUUUAUUGAUUGAGGCAGAAUUACGCAAGCGCAAGCUGAUUAAGAAGGAAAUGGAAGCAGAGGGAGCUGAGGCAAGGAAACAGGAUGAAGUUAUUUCGGAACGGAAACGAAAGCAAGAAGCACAAAAGGUGUGGGAAGAUUCUAGAGAUGAUCGUGUACAGGGUUGGAGGAAUUUUCAGGCAGGGAAGACUGCAGGAGGUAAAAUAAAGAGGAAGAAACCAUCAACAUUCAGACCUCCUAGGGCUGUUGCAGAAGAGUCAGCAGUACCUUAUAAUAAACGGCCAACUACAUCAUCGGCAACAGAGGGAUUUUAGACUUUAAAACAC